GCGUAACCAAAUUUCUUACCACGAUUGAUAACAUUUUCAACUUUCAACUUAUUUUUGUUAUCGUCCUUAUUACUUUGAAUCAUAUAUCAUCUGGAUUCCAUGUAAAUUUUCCAGAUAUCGAAGUUAGACAAUUAGUUGCAACUGCCAUCGUUUUGAAAGGACUUGGUGCUAUUUUAUUUGUACUUGGUCAUGGAUUGGGAGCAUUGUUCCUGUUUGUCUACUUGCUGGUUAGCACUCCGCUUCUCUAUGACUUCUUCAAUUAUAGUCCAGACGAGCCCCAAUACAAUGUUCUGCUCGGAGAUUUCUUGCAGGGUGUUGCACAAUGCGGUGCAUUAAUUUUCUUUAUGGGGAUGAAGAACUCACUGCCAAAGAGGCUUUGA